AUGGCACCAGGACAGGAAACGCAGUUGGAGAAAAUUAUUGAAGAGACCUUAAAGAGCGGGGAUGCUCAAACACUGGAUCUAUUCUUGCAAUGGGACGUACGUGAAGAGACUUCCAUAAAAUGUUCCCAACAGUUUCUUACCAAAUUGGAUAAACUUGUCAGCAGCUGCUUAGAUAACAACAAUUACAAAUCAGCCAGUCUGGGCCUUGCCAUCCUCUACAAGUGUGGGAAAAACCUGAAACCACCUGGUGCUUGUCAAGGACUGUCAGGGUUAAUAGCGCAAGGCCUGCUCAAAAAGAUGGUGGAGUGGUUUGAGAAAUGCAGGCAUCUUUGGAUCCAGUGUGGCCCACAGUGGGAUGAGACCUUGUUCAAUCUCUCUGAGGACUUCUUUGAUGCCUUAAUGGUGGUUCAUGACUCAUGCAAAGAGGGAACAGACAAAAUUACAGAGUCCUUCCUGUAUCCUGUUGGUCAAUUGGCAGUAGACCCUAGAAUCUACAUCCUGAUUCAAAAAGAGGCUAUUCGUAAGUUUAACUUAAUUCUGGACAAAAUCCCAGUGGAGCUUAAGAAAAAGAAGAACAUCCUAACAUCACACAAGGCCUCAGAUAUCAUGAUCAAACUGGCUGGUCACAUAUUGGAGGGUGGUGAUUAUGACUUGCAGACAGCCCUGAUGGAGGCACUGUGCAGAAUGGCUACUCCUUACCAGAGGAAGGAGUUGGCAGAUCAGUGGUUCCGCAUGGAGCAUGUGGCCAGUGCCUUUACCAAGAUCCAUGACUCUGAGUUUGAGACGGAUUGUCGCAAGUUUCUGAACUUGGUGAAUGGGAUGCAGGGUGACAGGAGAAGAGUGUAUUCCUACCCUUGUUUGGAGGUUUAUCUGGACAAGUAUGAGCUGCUGAUGCCUGCUGAUGAGAAGAUGGAAGAAUUUUGGAUUGACUUCAACCUCGGCAGUCACAGCAUCUCCUUUUACUUCUCUUUAGCUAAUGAAGAAACACAGGAGGGCGAGUGGGAAACAAUAUGUAUCAAUGAAAAUGAAGUCAAAAGCUACUCUGUUACAGAGGGAGACAAGAGGCAUAUUUUGCAGUUAAAGCUGUCAGAAGUGGUCGUCGUAGGUGCAGUGGAAGGAUCGUGUCUAACCAUCCACUUCAGCUCCUCCCUGGACAUCCUGCAGGCUGCUCUUAGUGUCUAUGGACACAGCAAAAACAAAGGCUUUGUGGGAAAGACAGGCACAUCUAUAGUGAAGACUACGGUUAAAAUUCUAAUGGAAGAGAACAGCUCCCAGGUCGUUCCAGAGAGUCAGGUGACCUGUGCUGAAAGUGAGAAAAGCACUGCCCCCUACCUUUUACUUUCCCCAUCUGCACCUGUCCAGGUGACCCCAGCCAAGAUGAGAAUUUCAGAGUCUACCACCUUCAUCGGAAGUACAGGACAAAGUGUGAAAGGUUCAGGUUCCCUCUCUGCUGUUAAACCAUCUAACACUCCAGCCAAGAGUAAAGGGAAGCCGUCUUUGGAGAUGGUUUGUCCAUGUGAUAGGAAACAGAGCAGGACUUCCAAACAGGCCAAUAAGAAUAAGGCUGGCAAACACAAAAAGAACAUACCAGUGGUAAAAGCAAUAGAUAUGGUUCAAGCUGUACAGGGAGAAGAACAGUCUCUAGAGGAUAGUUUUGUGCCUGACACCCAACCUGAAACUAGAAGAAACAUAUCCUCUAACUGGAGCAAACUGUCAGUUUCGGAAAUGCUAAUGAUGCCCACACAGAAAGUCAGCUCUCUGCCAAGACCUGAUAAACAAAGAAGUAAUCAAAUAUUUUUCUCACCACAGCAGUCCUCAGUGCAGAGAUUCUCAGCUCCAGUUCUUGGCCCAAUCAGCCAAAGGCAACUCCAUACUGAACUCACCCACCGUCUACAGCAGGUCCUCAAAGAGAGGAACCAAGAUCCUGCAUCCCAGAGAAAAAUGUCUGAUGGCCAAGGGGUCUCAAAAGGGAGAAGAUCUGCGGACCAUUGUGCUUCCACAUUGUGCAUUCCCAAAGAGCAGCAGGCCCAGAGAAAUGGCCUGGAGAAAGGGAAGAGCGAAGGCCAGAUGUCACUGGAAGCAGAUGCUUCCCUAAUCAAAGCUCCAGCCAAGGCCUCCGCAACCAAAGCUCUGCAGGAGAGACCUAACAUUAUAACUGAAGCUAACAGAGCCCUUUCAAGAAAAGAGAAGAGAGAUGCAGAGGUUGCAGGCAGCAUGGUCAAGCUCAUCUCUAGGCAUUAUGAGUCCACAGCAAAAGAUACUGCAGAAAAUAUCUCUCAGAGCUGGACUUUUGCCAACAGGCCGGUCUUUAAUAUGAGCUGGUUAUCAACUAAAAGACAAGUAUCUGGAGCUGUAAGCCUAAUGAAUUCCCACAGCAAAACUGCAACAAGCUCUACAAGGCAGAGAAAAGAUGUUUUUGCAUUCCAUGCCGAUGCACCACUGAGUGUUGGGGAAAAGAACAAAACCUUCACUAACACCUCUGCUAUAUCGAGCAGUGGCAUUCAUGACUCCUCAGUACUCCUCAGCACAACAAAAAAUGGACAACCUGUGGCAAAAGAGAAGCGGCAUUUGAAGAAACAUCUGUUCAGUGACACAGAUACAGACUAUGCCAUGACUGAGGUCAGCUGGCUGAAGGAGUCGAGCAGGAAACCCAAACCCAAAGUUACCACGUACUCCAGGCAGGCGACCAUCAAGGCGAAAGCUGUGUCACCUCAUACUUCAUCUGAUUCCCCAGAUUUACCAGCACCCUCACAAAAAGCAGUAAAGGGAAAUACUAAACCCAAUAAGAAGAAGCCCAUUGUGAAGGAGAGAGUGGAGCAGCCAAAGAAGACAUUGAAGCCAACUGCAGCACCCAACAGACCACAUGCAGAAGGCAGAAGGAGAUCCCAAAGAGUUGCAGUCACCUCUACCAAGAGCUACAAAGAGCCAGACACUGAUGACGACGAGUCAGAAUCAGAGAAGCCGCCUGUUUCCAAGUACUCCUCCACUGAUCAUCUGGAAAAUGCUGAGAAAACUCAUGAGGUUGCUCAAGCGUCAAAGAAAAAGACGUCCAGCAAACACCCAACCAAAAGUGAUGUGAAGCUAGAGAACAACCAUCACAGAUACCAGUCUUUGUCAGAGCAGUCACCAACUUCCAAGAGAUAUUUCGCUGGCCUCCAGUGGAACAGCAAGAAGACCUGUUCAGAGGUAAAGAAAAGAAAAAACACCUCAUCUGAGCAAUCCACAGAUACCUACAAGACACUGGACGACAAUGACCAGUCAGAUCCGAAAAAGCCAUCUGGUCUCAAGCAGCAGAGACCUAAGAAUAUUGUUCCAGAAACUUCGAAGUUAAAUAAGGGAAGUGUACCCCCUGUCCAAGAACAGAUGAAUGUAUUGAAGGAUUGCUGGGCUGCCCGCCAGACUUCUUUUUGUCCGCGCCCUCCUUCCAUCGAGAAGAUGAGAUCUGCAGAGAGGUCAGCCCCAGCCAUGGAUUUGACCAGCUCCCCUCUCCUCACCCCACGGGGAUCCCCGCUCCCUGCCUCCCCCUACCCUCCCUGCCAGGACACCCCCCCACCAUUCCUGCUGCUACCCAAACCUAAAGUCAGCAGUAAAGAAAAUGUCGAGCUCCUCUUCAGUACAGAAAGGAAGCGCAGCUCAUCCAAGACUCAUUCCAACCAGUCUGUCCCCACUCUUCCUUCACUGACCCCCAUAGGUCAAACUCCUGCUAAACCUUGUGCUGCAGAGAUGAGUUCUUUCCCGCAGUCCUCACCACCUCAAUCUCCUUUGUCUCUGUCCACUCCGCCCCUGUUAACAUCCACACUUCUUGAGCUGGGCAAGCCGUCCAUGCCCUCUCCUCCUCAGUCACCUUUCACUGAAGACACCAUCCACAGUGGCGGCCAUUACAGUUUUAGUAAAGUGUCUUCAGUAUCGUUGAGCCUGUCAUCCACCAAGUCAGCAGAACUCGGUAGUAGAGUUCAGGACAGCUCCACUUCUGACCCCACAGCUGUGUUGCCCUCUACACCUAAACAAUGUAGCAGUAGUCUAAAACUGCCAGUUCUUGUUGCAGGACCCAGUCGCAAGCGCCGCAUCUCCUCCUCCAGUAAUUUUAAGGAUGAUGAGGAAGAAGAGAGGAAGAAAAGCAAGAUGAGAAGGCAGCGCUCUCAGAUGAAACCAAGGAGGUUAUUUAAGUCCUUGACUGAGGUGUCUGCUGAUAGUGAAGUGAGCCACGUGAUGUCUUCUUCCCACACGCUGCGCUCCAGUCACUGGGAGGCUAAAGUGCAGGAUGGAGAAAUGGACAUGGAUGAGGAUUUGGAGUUGUCAAAAAUUGCAGUGAACCCGAGUAAUAUGUGCCAGCAGUUCAACGCUGAACUCAAGAAGAAGUUCCAGAACCAUCAGAGGAUGAUGGAGGUUUACAACAAGCACUCUUUGAAGACCGUCCAGCAACAUGUCUCUUCUCUCAACAUACAAGUUACCAAACACAGGACUCAGAAACUUGAACAAGUUAAAAAGAUCCUCUUGGAAGAGAUCCACAAACUGGAGCAGGAUGACACCGUGUUGAAAAGCAUGGAGAAAGACCUGACUAUGCACUGGAAAAAGCAGAGUGUGGCAUUCCAUUCUUACCAGGAGCAGGAAAACAGGAGAAAUGAGAUCCUGACGAAAGUCAUCCAGAAUAACGAGUGUCACAGCUUAGAGUAUGAGGAGAGACUAUUCACGUCCCAGAUGUGCCUGAUAAAAAAAGACAUGAAGUCAGUGCAGGACAGACUCCUCAGUCAGAUGCAAGAGGGGGAGAUCCAGAGUGUGAAGAGAGGUCUGCAUGCUUUGUUUUUCCCCUGA